AAAAAGGAAAAAUGGAAAUAAAGUUAAGAAAAAAAUCUAAGAGGAGUUAGAGGCUGAAACCCAAACCACAAGUAACUAAUGGCUGGAGUUUGUAAUCACAAUGGGACGGAGAAAUGAGUACUUGCGUUUCCUCUCCUUCUCUCGCCGUUCCAUCUCCAGCGCCCGCCUCCACGAUCUUCCGCCGCAGGAUCCUCCGUGGCGCCUCCACACCUCUCGCCGUUCCUCCUCCUCUAUCCCGCCAUGCUUUCCCUCUCAGAGCCGCUGCGAACGAUUCCAACAGCACCGAGCAAUUGACGGCGGAAUCCGCCGUCGAAAGAUCGGAGGCUGAUAAGAUCGUAGACGGCAUGGAUUUCGGUGAACUCUGCAACGAAUUUGAGUGCAUCAGUAGCCCAUUGGUUGAAUCUACUGCCAGGCAACUUGCUAGAGACAUUCUUCAACUUCGUCAAGGCGAUCGAUCUCUUGGAAAUUUUGCGGUCUUUGUCAAGUAUAAGGAUCCGAUUAGGAAAUUCACGGGUCGAGAAAAGUAUAAAAGACAACUAUGGGCAACCAGUGCGCUUGACAAUCCAACUACGAGUGUGCAAGAAAUGGUGAUGAUGUCAACAAGCGUACUAAACAUCAAGUGGACAAUCAGAGGGAAACCUAAAUCCUUGGUAGCAGCCAUUGGAGGAGAUCUCAUCAUCAAAGUUGAUUCACAGUUCACACUCAACCAAAUCAGUGGCCAAGUUAUCGAACACGAAGAGCGUUGGGAUGUAUCGAGUUCUUCUGCCAUUUCCCAAGCUUUCUUUUGGGCCUCACGUUAUCUCUUUGCCUCUGCCGAGGCUGGAAAGGACUUGGCUGAUUCUGUCAGCAGUCUCACCGGUCGAGUCUCUACCGAGAAACAGAACUUGGAAAUGUUUCCUGACCCUUCCGGUGAUCCUACCAAGUUCUUUCAAGGUGAGGACAACUUCCAAAAAGAUGCAUACCAAUUUGCUCUGCUGCUGGCUAUCCUCUAUUUUGUUGUACAGUUUCUGAGGGCCACACUAUAAAUGUAACAAGACUAAGGUACCUUUCUCUAUUCUAUACUACUGAAGCCUCAUCAUGUAAAAUUCAUAUUUUUUACAACAAAAAUUCAUGUAGUAGUUAAACUCAAACAAUAAUGUAUGUAUGUAAUUAUGGAUUUUUCUUUGCA